UUUCAGUGGAUAAAGUUGUGUGAGGAGAAUUCAGGGUUUUAAUACUUAAUCUUCAACCAUUGUAAUUGUAAUUAUCCCAAAACAAACCCUUACAUCAGGAAUAGUGAAAAUCUACAGGGACAGUUCAAAAUUGGAAGAAUAGAGAGAGGCCUGCAAGAUUUGCACCAAUUUCCUUCUAAGUCAGAUUCAUUUGCAAUCACGGUGCCCCUGCCCAACACGUCUCCAUGUCGACGCCGGAAGCGGAAGCGGAACCCUCCUCCAAUCACAUUGACUCUCUUCCGUUAGUUGACCUCCGCCUCAUGUCUCAGCCCGAACUCUAUACCCUCUCCAUCUCUGCCGCCACUCACCGCCACCGCCGAGCCAGCGACAACGAUUCCGUCAUUCCCAAAAUCGACCGUUCCAAUUUCAACGAAUCCGCGGGCAGCCGCAAACAGACCUACUCCAAACUACGUCUCAACAAGCGCAAACAAAAUUCUGCGGUUCCCGCCUCCUCCUCUUACCACAUUCCGGAGCCCGUGGACCAAGAAAACUCCCAAAUUAUCUCUCUGCUGCAGCAACUCUUUGGCGUCGAGCCUCUCCGCAACGCGCUGCGCCCUGACCGCGGUGAUGCGGUGGACCGUCAACUGUUUCCAGUCCAUGUUGAGUUCAAACAACCGCCUCCGGUGUCCGUGGCGUUUCAGAACGUUCCGAUUGACGUUAUUGAUGCUUCUAAUAGGAAGAGGAAACGCGGGCGGCCGAGGAAGAACGAUAAUUCGGUAUCGGUUUUCGAGGAGGAGACCAAGAAGGUUAACGAAGAGGCCAGCGCAGUGGUCACGGUCAACGAGAGGGGAUUUGGUAUGGACGCUGAUGGUUUGGAUUAUGAUCCGUUUGGGGAGGAGUUGAAGAGAAGAACCGAAGGGUUGGAGACGGAGCCGCUGCUGUUGGAAUUUUUGGAGACUCUGAAUGGAGAGUGGGCGAGUCAGAGGAAGAAGAGGCGGAUUGUCCAGGCCAGUGAUCUUGGCGACUUGUUGCCAACCGGAUGGAAGAUAGUUAUUACCCUUUUGAGGAGGGCAGGUCGUGCUUCUGUUGUUUGUCGCCGUUACGUAAGUCCUGGUGGGCACCAGUUUGAGUCUUUUAAAGAAGCUUCUGCGUACUUGCUUUCUGUUUCUGGUGUUCAAGAUAAGGGCCAUUUAAAAUCUAGUUGUACUGAUGAUGGUGCUCAGCAAUUGUCCAGUAGUAUGAACAUGGCAUCUGAAAGUAGUGUUAGUCAUGUCCCUGCCGGAGCCACGAAGACUGAUGCCAAUGCAAAUUAUUUGUCAUUAGCUGGUGCAUCUAUUCACAGUGGUCAAGAGAAUCAGCUCCCAAUAUCAUUAUCAAUUGAGAGUGGAAAUUUCAACAGUGAUCUACCUUUGGGUUGUAAAUCAGGAGAUGCUAGUGAUGACUUUGGAGGCUUUGACCGUCAAACGGAAGAUAAAAAACUGUUGGAGGCUGAUAAGAAUGAUGGAAGUUCAGUUCAGGGAUGUUCUCACGUGAAUGAUAUAGUUUGUAAUGUAGGAAGUGAGAAGUUGGUUGGUGCUAUUGAGUCUACUGAGGCUGCAUGCAAUCUUUAUAUUCCUUUAGUUUUCUCAACGCCCUUCUCCAAUAAUAAUAGUGACAAUGGUCAAAUUUCAGAGGAUAUAAAUGCUGCGACAUGCAUAAAAGGGGGCAUUAGUAAUUUUGCUAGUCAGGAUAAAAAUAGUGGGUGCCCUGAAACUGUUCCCUGUGGAGUUGACAACAAUGGGCUUGGGCUUUCUGUGAAAUUAGUAGAAGAGAACACUCAAAAAAUAAGUUUUGAUAGCAGCACACUGGCUCCAAAUUCUGAGGUGAAUAUAUUUGCUGCUAAAAGUUUAGAGGAUAGACAUCUUAUUAGUUCACAGGAGGAUAUGGAGAUUGCAGAUGAUAAGGUCAUUAAUGAUGACAAACAACUAAUUGUGUGUGGCACAGACCAGGCUGAAUUUAAAGAUGUUUUUUCUGAUGUUAAACUGCAGAGUAGUUCUGAGGGUUUUUCACUUGUCACAUCUCAUUGUGAACUUAAACAUGCAUCUCUAAGUAAUAUGGACAGGACACAGACUUCCGAGUUGAAGGACUCUGCUGAGGAAAAUAUUUUUGACAGUGAUCUAUUUAGCUCAUCUAUUGAUGAAAGAACAUGUGUUCACAGUGGCUACAUUAGUAAUGUUUCUUUUAGCUCUUGCACACAAGAUGCAGUUGAGUAUGGUGGAUUUGAUUUUUCUUCUGAUCUUAAAUUAACUAAGGAUGUUAGUGAUAAUCAUAUUCUUUCUAAUGAGGAUGCCGUGACAAGAUGUUUACAGGAGAGAAGUUCCUUGAAUGACCAAAGUAGCAUGAUGGACAAUCUUUUGCAUCGUAGUUCUCAAAGUAACUUAUUUUCUCUAACAGCUAAUCAGCACCCUUCUGCUUUUCAUGAUAAUGUGAAUAUCUGUGAUGGAACCUUUGAUGCACUCAAAGGUGUUGAUGCUGGAUACAUGGAGCCUCAAUUGGGCAUUGUUUCUUGCAGCAAUAUUGCUGUAGAUGCGUAUACUAGUGCAAGCAUUAUGCAGGGAAACUCACAAGGAUGUGUGUCUGUUCCUCUUGGUGGAAGUAUAUUAAACUUUGAGAAGAAAAGUGAUGAUGGUGUUAAUAAAGCAAGUAAGCCUUGCUUAUCAGAAAAGGCUCAGAAUGAAGUUGAAAUAUUCCAAACUGACUCUAUGGGUCUACCCAAAUUUCUUUAGCAGUUAGAUAGAUUCAGAUGCAGACAUGGUGACACAUGCAUGCGGUGCAGGAAACAUUUUCUUUAAUAAAACUUGUAUGAUAGUUUUGCUGUGUGCUGGUAACCACAAGGCUCUGCUAGUGUAUAUAUUUUCGAUUUCCCAUUGAAGAUGAUAAGCUAGAACAGAUAAUUUCUUGAAGGCCGCAUCAUUUUUGUGGAUAGAUUCAGCUGGUCGUGCCGUGGCUUCUCCAAUCCAGAGGUUAUUUUGCAGCUCUGGUGUGAUGCUUUGCUUGCUUCUUGCCAGAGCUCAGAAACCAUUUUUAUUUUCCUAGGAACAAAUUUACUUUAGGUUGAUUUUAGCUCAAAACAUAUUUUUUUUAACAUCUGGUAGACUGGUAUACUGAUAUCGAAUUUUAGGUAGGUCCUUCAAAUGAAGGAACUAGUUAUCUCCUUAAUUUUUUGAAAGAGGAAUACCAAAAUUAUCUGGUGAUUUUCGUCUUUCAUACGUGGAUCGCUCUUUGCAUAACUCCUCUUUUAUGUCCAAUAGAUACUUCCUAGUUUAUUUUCUCUCUCAUUUCGUCUUGUGUUUUUUUUAGAAUUUCCGUGCUAUUGCACCCUGGUCAGUACAUCCCCGCACUUAGCAGGAGGACUUUUUUCCCUUGAUUUUCUACAUGAUCGGUGGGGUGUUCCUGUAUUCGAGGAUCAAUUAUAAAAUGAGGCUUGCUAAACUAUUUUUUCGUUGCAUGGUCCAUGGUUUGCAGGUGAGUUUAUAUCCAUUAGAUGUACAGAUUAAUACUGAUGUAUGCUUAAUAACGCUCUAACAGAAUAAUUGGUAGCAUAAGUAAUUGUGGAUCAUUGUGAACGAAACCAGAAAUAAAUGGGAAAAAAUUGGAUGAGUUUGCUUGCAUGAUUGGAAUUAGAAGAGAAACUCGAACCUGCUUACCACAGCUUUUGGGCACAAUCUUGUCAAUGGCAAUGUGCUGGUCCUUUACAGUUUAUAGAUUUCAUUAUGCAUCCAUGAUCAAGUUCUUCAACAUCAUAGACCCAGCACAGAAUAAACGUCGUGAAUGGUGUAACAUGGUGCUUUUGGAAUGCAUCAUCGUGUAAGGUUGACUUGGUGAGAGGGUGAGAUCAAUGUGUUCAUUUCAAGGUUUCAGUGUAUUGGAACAGAACCAUGGUUCGUUAUAGCAAUUAUUAUGCCAAUCCUAGAGUGCACUCACGCAAAAACCUUGGGCAAGAGUUGACUUGUUCAUUAAAUGGGGGCUUAGAGUACAGUGGAAGGUUUCAAUUCAUUUCUCUGUGACCAUGUAAGAAGAACGAGUAUCCUUCAGUCAGAAGGAUGGAAGAUUUUCAAGCAGGUUUUUAUGGAUUGCAAAUUAUUGGAUGGCGAUUCUCUAGGUGUUGCUGCUGCAUAUUCGUGGCAGGGAGGCAACACUUUCCAGUGGUUAGACAUACUUCUCUUAAAAUGAAAUGGAUAUUGCUUUUUCUCACGCCAUUUGCUCCCUUUUAAAAUUACAUUAUAUCCACUUCUAGUUUUUUUUGUUAGACUUUUAACAUCUUAAGAGAAGUUAAAAGAUCUUUCAGAU